AUGAAUUUUAAAUCUACAGUAAUUGGUGCAGGACCUGCUGGUAUCAUAACAGUGUGUUAAUUGCUUAAAAACAACAUGACUCCGAUUGCAUGGGUGGAUCCCCAAUUCAAUUGUGGUGCUUUGAACUAGUUUAAUCACAUACCAUCCAACACAAAAGUAUAUUUAAACAUAACAAUUAGAUUCAACUAUUCCUCAACACCUUAAAGAGCAUGGGAUGGAUUGAGAAUCAUAAGGAUGUAGAAGACCCCGCUUAAGUAUGAAAUUUUAGUUAAUUUAGGUAUUCAAAAAUUUCGACCCAAACACUACUUGUGAACUCGGCUUCUCCUAUGAGAUGUUUAAGAAAGUCAUGGUGAUAUUGGAUCAAACAUGCAAAGGGUUACUAGCGAAGAUGGAAAGCGUGGUAGAAAAAAUAGAGAACCUAGGGCACACUAAUAAAAUUACAUUAAAAAAUAAUUGUUAGGUAUUAAUAAUGACGAUUAUUUUAUUAGUUCGAAAGUGAAUACGUCUUCCAUUGUACUGGCUCAAAAAGAAAUACAAUAGAGACAGUAGAUGCCUCACUCUACAAACUUUAUCCUCAACUCUAAGAGAUUGACCUCUACGCUGCCAUGAGUCCAGAAGAUGUUCAUUAACACAUAACAAAUGAGGAUACAGUCUGCAUAUUUGGUAACAGUCACUCUGGAAUCUUGGCUGCCAUGAAUCUCUACAACUCACCAAAUAGGCCUAAACACAUCUACAUUUUCUAAAGAAGACCCAUCAUUGUGGCUGAGUAUUUGCCAGACGGAAAAAUCAUGAACGACUCCACAGGACUUAAAGGAAGAGUGGCUGAAUGGGCCAAAAACAUCCUAAUUGGAGAAAAGCCCAAAUGCAUCUCAGAAAUUGACUCUGCUGAGUACAAGAAUUACAUGCCACUAUGCACAAAAGUUAUUGUUGCUACUGGAUUCCAGAGAAGCACACUCCCUAUCAUAUCCAUAAAUGAGAUGGAACUGAUCGACAAUAAGAUUCAUUAUGAUGAUGAAAAUAUGACUUUAGUUUAUGGAGGAAGAGAGAUCUCCAAUAACUAUGGCUUCGGAAUUGCAUUCCCAGAAAAAGUACUUGAUGCUAAUGGAUCGUAUCAACAUGCUGUUGGUUUCUAUAAAUUUAUGCUCACUAUUACUAAAGUGAUUACAAAAUUAUAGAGUUGA